CCUUGGCGCCCUCUAGUGGUGGCACCAUAAGUGUGUCCUUUUAAAAAUCUCAGCAAACUGAAUAGUCUUCUAACAUUAGUAUACAGUUCCCAUUUCUACAUGAUUGCAGAGCUCAGUUCCAGCCCUGCUCUAAUCUACCUGUAAGUGCUCAUAAAGACCUUAACUAGCUGGUUCAGCUGUAUUUGAUCAGGGUUAUAGACAACUUUGCAGGAAAUUAGAUCUCCAGAACAGGAUUGGGCACCCCUUGCUUACAGUAUGUGCUGUGAUACUGUGUUCUGUGUUAUGUUUAGUGAAUAAAUUGAUAACUCAUUCCUUCAUUUUAUUUUUAAGUCUUUUAUAAUGCCACCCCUUUGUUAUCCUAUAAAUAAUUUUCUAUAGUAUCCACCCCAUGGAUAUAUGCUAACUACUGAAGCUAGUUGUAAAACUGGAAAGUUGAGAUUCCAUCUCCAGGUCAUUCUGUGACUGACUAAACUAAAGCAAACCACCUUUAAGCAAUGUAAUACGAUGAGACACUUCUAAAUGCUGUUGGGAAGAUUUUCAAGUUGUGACAAAUGAGAAACACACAGUGAGUACAGAAUGUAAGUUGUAUUUUAUAUCUGUAAAAUAAAAGUAGCUGUUCGUCCUCUUGAGGUUUAUCUUAAUUUGUGCACGAACCAAAUACUUUAGUGUGCCACUGUCAUUGUAGUACUACCAAUAGCAUAUACUUUUUAUACUUUAUGUCUGCAUAUACUUUAAAAACAGUGCUACAGUAUGGCUGCCAAAAGAAGUCUCUUUGGGGAGCAAAACACACCUGCUGUCAAGAGUGAAUCACCUGAGCCCAGCUGUGUGUCAAUGAAGAGUGCCGAAUCAAAGGACACACCAGUUAACUUAAAGGACUCUUCUGCUGAUGUCAGUCUAAUUCAGGGUAAAUCUCCUGAGCCCAGCUGUGUGUCCAUGAAGAGUGAUGAAUCAAAGGACACACCAGUUAACUUUAGAGAAUCUUCUGAUGAUGUCAGCAACAAACAGGUUGGAUCAAACUUGCUUGAAAAGAAGAAGUUGGACUCAAUUUUUAAGGAGCUUAAGCCCAAAAUGAUCUUUCUGAUGAAAAAAGAGCUGAAGAGGUUCAAGAGAUUACUGAGUCCAGAUUACCCAGCAUGCUCUGAGAGAGAGCAGGAUGAUGAUGAUAAAGGUCAGGAUAGAAUCAGACAGGGAAUUCUGAAAAUGGCACUGCAUGUCCUGGGGGAGAUGAACCAGACAAACCUUGCAAACACAUUACAGACCAAAUGUGCCCCUGUAUGUCAACAAAAACUUAAAUCCAAACUUAAAGAAAAAUGUCAAAGAAUUAAUGAAGGGAUCUUCAAUCAAAUGAGCUCAACACUUCUUCAUGACAUCUACACAGAGCUCUACAUCACAGAAGGAGGGAUUGGAGAAGUCAAUAACGAGCAUGAGGUGAGACAGAUUGAGACAGCAUCCAGGAGACCAGAGACGCAGGAAACACCAAUUAAAUGCAAUGACAUUUUUAAAGCCUUACCUGGACAAAACAAACCCAUCAGAACUGUGCUGACUAAAGGAGUUGCUGGAAUUGGCAAAACAGUUUCUGUGCAUAAAUUCAUUCUGGACUGGGCAGAAGGAAAUACUAAUCAAGAUGUUCAUUUCAUAUUCCCACUUCCUUUCAGAGAGCUCAAUUUGAUGAAGGAUAAAAACAUCAGUCUGAUGGAGCUUCUUCGUCUUUUUUUCAAAGAUGCAAAAUCACUGAGAUCAACAGACUAUAAGGAUUAUAAGGUUGUGUUCAUAUUUGAUGGAAUGGAUGAAUGUCGACUUCCUUUAGAUUUCACAAAAAAUCCAAACCUGUUUGAUGUAACAGAACCGGCCUCUGUGGAUGUGCUGCUGACCAAUCUCAUUAAGGGGAAUCUGCUUCCAUCCGCUCUCCUCUGGAUCACCUCUCGACCAGCAGCAGCCAGUCAGAUUCCUCCUGAGUGUGUCAACCAGAUUACAGAGGUACGAGGGUUCAGUGACACUCAGAAGGAUGAGUAUUUCAGAAAGAGGAUCAGAGAUCAGAGUUUGGCCAAAAAAAUCAUCUCACACAUAAAAUCAUCAAGGAGCCUCUACAUCAUGUGUCACAUUCCAGUGUUCUGCUGGAUUUCAGCCACUGUUCUACAAAGAAUGCUUUGUGAAGCAGAGAGUGCAGACAUCCCCAGGACUCUCACUCAAAUGUUCACUCACUUCCUGAUCUUUCAGACCAAAGUAAAGUCUCUGAAAUAUGAUGGGAAAUAUGAAGUAGAUCCUCAGCUGACACAGAAUAAUAUUCUGUCGCUAGGAAAGUUAGCUUUUGAACAACUAGAAAAGGGUAACCUGAUCUUCUAUGAGGAGGACUUGAGAGAGUGUGGCAUUGAUGUCAGAGAAGCAUCAGUGUACUCUGGAAUUUGCACUCAAAUCUUCAGAGAGGAGUUUGAAUUGUACCUGGGAAAAGUGUACAGCUUUGUGCACCUGAGCAUUCAGGAGUUUCUUGCUGCUCUAUUCAAGCUUGUUUCCUUUAUUGGGAACAAAGAGCACAACCCAAAAAUAAAUGAGUUUCUAAAAAAUGAAGUGAACCGGUCCAUGCAGAGUGAGAGUGGACACCUGGAUCUUUUCCUCCGAUUCCUUCUGGGUCUUACGUCUGUGUCCAGUCAGGCUCUUCUGCAAGGCCUGUUGGCACAGACAGAAAGCAUGUCCUUCAGCCAAGAAGAAAUAGUUGAUUACAUAAAGAUGAAGAUUAGAGAGAAUUUAUCUCCAGAUAAAUCCAUCAAUCUGUUCCACUGUCUGAAUGAACUAAACGAUCAUUCACUAGUGCAGGAAGUCCAGACAUACUUGAGUAAAACAGGUGCAAACUGCCUGUCUGGAGCCAAACUCUCUCCUUCUCAGUGGUCAGCUCUGGUGUUUGUGUUGCUAAACUCAGAUGAAGAGUUGGAUGAGUUUAAUCUAAGCAAAUAUGAUCAAUCAGAGGAAUGUCUUCUAAGGCUGCUGCCAGUAGUGAAAACAUCUACUAAAGCAGAUCUGAGUGGCUGUGGUCUCACAGAAAAAAGUUGUUUGGCACUGGCCUCAGCUCUCAGCUCAAACUCUACAAAUCUAAGAGAGCUGAACCUGAGUGACAACAACCUAGAAGAUUCAGGACAGAAAAACCUCUCUACUGGACUGAAGAAUCCACAGUGUAAACUGGAGAUAUUAAAGCUUUCUAGGUGCCUAAUUAGAGAGGAAGGUUGUGCUGCCCUGGCAUCAGCUAUGAGAUUAAACCCGUCUCACCUAAGAGAACUGGAUCUAAAUUGGAACAAACCAGGAGACAACGGAGUGAAGUUUCUUUCUGAUGUACUGAAGGAUCCACAAUGUAAACUGGAGAAACUGCAACUGUGGGACUGUAAUAUUGGAGAGGAAGGCUGUACUGCUCUGGCUUCAGUUCUAAGGUCAAACCCCUCACACCUGAGAGAACUCAAUCUGAACUAUAAUAAACCAGGAUGUUCAGGAAUAAAACAACUUGCUGCUCUACUAAAGGAUCAGCAUUGUAAAAUGAUUAAAUUAAUGCUGGAUAACUGCAGUAUUGGAGAGGAAGAUUGUGCUGCUCUGAUUUCAGCUAUAAGAUCAAACCCCUCACACCUGAGAGAAUUGAAUCUGAACUACAAUGAACCAGGGGAGUCAGGAGCGAAGUUUCUUUCUACUCUACUGAAGGAUCCACAAUGUAAACUGGAGAAACUUAAGUUGUCUAAUUGCAGUAUUAAAGAGAAAGGAUGUGCUGCUCUGGCUUCAGCUCUGAGAUCAAACCCGUCACACCUGAGAAAGCUGGAUCUGAGCUGUAAUAAACUAGGAAAUGCAGGAGUGAGGCAACUUUCUGCUUUACUGAAAGAUCCACAGUGUAAACUGGAGACACUCAAGGUUUGGGAAUGCAAAAUUGGAGAACAAGGCUGUGCAGUUCUGGCUUCAGCUAUGAGAUCAAACCUAUCACACCUGAGAGAACUGAAUCUGAACUAUAAUAAACUAGGUGAUUCAGCAGUGAAGCUUCUCUCUGAUUUACUGCUGGAUCCACACUGUAAACUGGUGAAACUGCGGUUGUCUGAAUGCAGUAUUGGUGAAGAAGGUUGUAAUGUUCUGAUCUCAGCUCUGAGAUCAAACCCCUCACACCUUAGAUUGCUCAGUAUGAACAAUAAUGAACCAGGACACUCAGGAGUGAAGCAGAUCGCUGAUCUACUUCAAAAUCCACUGUGUAAGCUGGAGAAACUAUGGUUGUCUAACUGUGGUAUCACAGAGGAAGAUUGCAUUGCCCUUGCUUCAGCUCUAAAAUCAAACCCAUCACACCUGAGACACCUGAAUCUAAAUAAAAAUAAACCAGGAGACUAUGGAGUGAAGCUGCUAAGUGCUCUACAGGACGAUCCCCACUGUAAACUAGAUAGGCACAGGAAGGUUGUCCUCCAGGAGCACAGUUGGCUACCCCAUUCUAAAGCCCAAAGAAAAUCUAUGCUUCAACUGGUAAAUACACUGAGGGGUGUCCUGGACAAGACAGAAGAUUUAAAAGAUAUGCUGUGUAUAUUAUUGCAAUGUGGAGGCAUCCCAAGUCAUUCUAACAGCUUCAUACACAAGGAUUAUGUUGUCAAUUUAAGCUCUUCAACUGCCCAGGACAAUCUUAAACCACCAGAUCUGGGUUGUCACACUGUCUCAUCGGUGACCCAGAUAUGACCCAGGGUUUCUCAUUUAACUUGGGACAGUAUAACACCAGCACUGUCAAGAUCUGCAUGAUUACAAAGGGCAGGGAGUUGCAGCACCGCCCUCAAGAAGAAUAGAUGUGACACUAAUCAAUACAGCCCUAGAUCCUGCCCUAAGAUCCUGAAAAUAAUUAAUAGUAGUAAUAAUAGUAGUAAUAGUAUGAAAAGUAACUAUGCAUGAAAAAGGUAUACAUAUGUAUACAUGUAUACAUAUUUGGGAAUGCAUAUCAUUUGCAUAAGCAAUUUCACUUUUAUGCAUGGGGGGCACCCACUGGCAGACGAGCCAUAAGCAAUUUGUAUGUUCUAAAUUUUAUAUAUUUAGAUAACAUAUAUUCUGCAUUAAAAAUAGAA